UAUUAACCGACAAGGUGCUCUUUUGCUGCCUUUAUUGGAGGCGGCAGCGCCCUUUGAUUCCCUUCUCUCUCUCUGCGCUAUAUACUUAACUAAUUGGACUUCUACUCCUUCCCCUUCACUGCGUGUAUUUAUGUGUGACUUUCUGAGUAUAUAUAUAUGUCCAACAUCUACCUCACUCGCUCACAGCAACUAACAAAUAUAUGCAGUUUUUUUCACUCUAUAUAUACCAACUACCAGUAUACAAACAUCCAUUAGUUAGCGAUGAAUUACGACGCUAACACCUCACUUAAUCUAAGCUUAUCAUCGAGGAAGAGCGGGCUGAUCAAUCUUGACCUAGUACUGGACCCCACGUCGCCGCUGUCUCCGUCACUAUCGCCGCCGCUGAGCCCCGGCGAUCAGCGCGUGUUCUCGUGCAACUACUGCCGGAGGAAAUUCUACAGCUCUCAGGCCCUGGGCGGCCACCAAAAUGCUCACAAACUGGAGAGGACGCUGGCCAAGAAGAGCAGGGAGCUGAGCUCGACGGUGAGGGCGGAGUCGGUCUCCAGCCAACGGGUCGGGUCGGGCUACGUGCCGGUGCCGGUGCAGGCGAGAGAGUUGAGUUAUGGCAAUAUUGGUUGGAUUAAUGGUGAAUAUAAUGAUAGAGGUGAGGGAGCUGAUCAUCAUCAUCACCAUCAUCAUCAAGAAGAGCUCAGCCACCUUGAUUUAUCUCUGAGGCUUUGAAGUUCUGCUAUUCAUGUUUGUUUAGAUGAUUCCUGAGCGCGCGGUUAACUAAUCUUUUCAGAUUAUUAAUUAUUUCUAUGGUUUAGAUUUUAUCCAUGCCGUGAAAAAUUAUGCUCACUUUUAAAUAUUUUAAUUCCAUGCCAAAA